CUUAUACCUCUGAAUGAAAUCCCGCUUAGGAAUAUGGUUUUCUUUGUUAUGUUAAUAAGGCCAUAUCAGUGUAGGAUGUCUCUUAAACCUAAUGGCUUUUAGGAUCUAAAAAGAACAGAUUAGACAAAGAAAGAAGCAAGCACAAAUGGGAGAAAGAUAGAUGCCAUGUGGAGAUUGCCAAGAAACUGAAGGAUGAGUUACAGAAACUGAGACAAGAAUUUUCCCCCAGAGCUGACAGAGAGAGAAACCCUUACCCUAGAGCUGGUGUCCUGAAUUCUGACUUCUAGCUUCCUAAACUGUGAGAAAAUAAAUUUCUGUUCAUCAAAGCCACCUACUUGUGGUAUUUCUGAUACAACAGCACUAAGUAACUAAGACACAGACUAUUGAAAAAAGUUAGGCAAAAGAGAAUAAUUAAACAAGAGUGGUGGCGGAGACAAAGAGAAAUAGAUGAAUCUGGGAGAUAUUUAGUAAGCAAACUCAAGGGAGUUUCAGACAUCCAAGAAGAGAUGUCUAGUAGGAAGUUUUAAAUACAAGUCAGGAGCUCAGUGGAGAGAUGUCAACUGCAUAUGAAAUUUGAGAACUCUUCCGUGAAAAACUGAUAACUGAAUUCACAAUGCAGAUAAGAUUGCUUGGGACAAAGUGCAGAAUGGGGAGAGAAGGAUCCUAAGACCCAGCUUUGAGAACUCUAACGUUUUGAGCCGACUGAGAAGGAGCAAGCAAAGGAGACUGAAAAAAGCCAGAAGAAAAAAACCUUUAAGCUAGGAGAAAGAUCAGACUGUGGCUUAACUAAGGCCAAAGGAACUUUCUAGAAAAAUGACUGAAAAGUAGCCAUUGGAUUUGGUGACAUGUGGGAAAUUGGUGAUUUUGCAGAGAGGAGAAAUGAAAAGUCAGAAAGGGGGUAAACUGGGAAGCAGAAAAUGGAGACCACUCUUGAGAAGUUUGGCUGUGAAGACAAUAGAAAGGACACUAAGCAGGAGAAAGAAGCGGACUGGAGAAGUAAUUUUAAGAUGGGGGAAACUUUGAAGUGUUAAAUGCUGAUAGGAAGGAGCCGGAACAGAGAGAGGAGAAGAUAAAAUAAUUGGCUGAAAAGAAAGAAAUCCAAAGAACAGGGGGACGGAUUUUCUUGGAUUACUGACCCACCAAACCGAACCGACAGCCGGAAUUCGGCGGUUUGGACCGCAUCGAGUUUUAGAUUAAGGGUAUUUUCCUGCACUAAGACCUUCCCUCCUCCGCCUCCUAUCCGUCUUUCCGUGUCCCAUGGCUCUAAUCCCACAUCGCCCCGCCUCGGUGAAAUAAAUGCCUUGUGAACAUGUAAUAAACGUCCUAACCCCAUUAAUAAACGUCCUAGACAAUAAACUCUUCCGGGACACCCGGCAGGGCCGCGCCCAUUUCAAGAUUUCCCGUCCCCCUAAUUUUUUUUAUUGAGACGCGCUUCCGGAGACGCAUGCGCAAAGAGGUCGUAGACGCGCUCAAGGCAGGAAAAGUUGGGGGGGGGGACUCUAAAUCUUGCACAGGCGCGUUAGGUUCUGGUCGCUAUGCGGGUGCUUGUGGGUGGCGGGACGGGCUUCAUUGGAACAGCCCUAGUCCAGCUGCUGAAAGCCCGAGGCCAUGAAGUGACGUUGAUCUCCCGAAAGCCUGGGCCUGAUCGGAUCACAUGGGAUGAGCUCGCUAGGUCGGGGCUGCCCUGCUGUGAUGCCGCUGUCAACCUGGCUGGAGCAAACAUCCUCAACCCUCUCCGAAGGUGCCGGGUCCUGAAGCUGAUAUCCUCCAGAGCAGAGGGAGGAGAGGGUCCGUCUCUGAGGAGAGCCUUUGAGCUGUGGAAUGAAGCCUUCCAAAAGGAGGUUGUCAGCAGCCGUCUGGAGACCACCCAAAUGCUGGCAAGCACCAUCUCCAAGGCCCCACAACCGCCAAAGACCUGGAUCUUAGUCACAGGUGUAGCUUACUACCAGCCCAGCCUGACUGCGGAGUAUGAUGAGGACAGCCCCGGAGGGGAUUUUGACUUUUUCUCCAACCUCGUAACCAAAUGGGAAGCUGCAGCCAGGCUUCCUGGAGAUUACACACGACAAGUGGUGGUGCGCUCCGGAGUUGUGCUGGGCCGUGGGGGUGGUGCCAUUGGCCACAUGCUGCUGCCCUUCCGCCUGGGUCUGGGAGGCCCCAUCGGCUCAGGCCGCCAAUUCUUCCCCUGGAUUCAUAUCAGCGACCUGGCGGGAAUCCUGGCCCAUGCUCUUGAAGCAAGACACGUGCAGGGAGUCCUGAAUGGAGUGGCUCCAGCCCCCACCACCACCAAUGCUGAGUUUGCCCAGGCUUUGGGUGCCGCCCUAGGCCGCCCAGCCUUCAUCCCCCUUCCCACCACUGUGGUGCAGGCCAUCUUUGGGCGAGAGCGUGCCAUCAUGAUGCUGGAGGGCCAGAAGGUGGUCCCACGACGGACAUUGGCCACUGGCUACCAGUACUCCUUCCCGAAGCUGGAGUCUGCCUUAAAGGCAGUGGUAGCCUAAGUAGGGAGGCUGAUGGCAGGGGCCUGAGGCCAUUCCCUCCAACAGUGACUUCCAGCGUAGAUACUGUGAAUAGGUUCGAGUGUGCCUCUACUUGAACUCUGAAGUCAUGCAUUCUUAGGGAUUCCUUCUCCUACUUCUCUCCCAUUGUUUUGUUGCUCCACCCUAUUUAAUUGAGAGACUGCCCACGGUCUCAAGAUUGUAAAUCCAUGAAGUUAGGACCUCAACCCCUUCCCAAAGAAAUUUCCAAGCCUGGUUUCCCUAAGCGUCCCACUCCUGCCUCAGUUCUCCUUUAUGCUAUAUAGGGAAUGCUCUGUAGUUCAGGCAAUAAAGACAGAUUAUCUCACUA